UGACUUUUAAUCAAAUAAAGAUUUCAGUUUUGGAAAGUUUCUACUAGAUAUCAGUUUUUAGCAAAAUAACACAAUACAUUAAUUUCAUACUUUACAAUUAUGAUUAAGAAAAAAAACAAAGGAAAUUCAAGAUCCUGAGAAGAGAAGUCAAAGGAAAAUUUUUCUGGUUUUGAUGAAUAAGUAAUGACAGUGAUUUGAAGAUAUUGUAGGACAUUAAGAAACGUUAUAGAAUGAAAGAAUUGAUGGUGAUGUGUUUCAUUGAAAAGUAUGUAGCAAAGUGGCAAUUGGACUGAACAAUAAGCAAGGGAAAAGUUGCUUUUUCCAUUUAUAAUGUGGAGCAACUAAGGUUUCAAAUUAUGUUAAUUAGUUGUAGAAUUCAUAAGCAUAUCAUUUGAAAUCAUUCAAGCAACACUAAUAAACAAAGAGACUAUGAGAAAUAUUGUUGUAUAAAUUUUAGAAUUUUCCUGCUUCAGCAUUUGGUUAUUAUAUUUUUGUAAAUUUUUUCAGAUAACUAUCAAUGUUACAAAAUAUCUUUAAUUUAGGUAUUUCUAAUGUAAAGAGUAGAGAAAGCCUAGUCAUGAGUGCUUCUGAUUUGAUUGACUCAGACCCAUUUGGAGCAGCUCCUUUCAGUUCAGCAAGUGCAAAAUCAAGUGGAAAAGAAAAAACGUUUCAAUCUGAACAGAUGUCAACAGCACCUUUAACUGGAACAGUUGCUUCUGCCGACCGUGAUAUAUCAUGCUACGUUCCACUAUAUUCCGAAGGUGAUGUUGACGGAGAAUUAAGGCAGCGUCACAGUAGUGAAAAUUCCAGUGCCUCUCGCGAAGGAAGUCAAAGCAUACACAGCAAGCGAUCUAGCAAAGAAAUCUUUGGUGCUUCAUUUGUUAAGAUUCCAAUAGAAGAUAGAUCAAAAUAUGAAAAAUUAUUAGAUUUUGAUGAGGAGGAACAAAAAAUGAUUCCUGUUACUCACGAAGAUAGUGAUUCAAUUGGCUCGGCAAGCGAUCUUAGAGCUCAAGUCGAUUCUAGUGAAGAAGAAGAUAUUUGUUCCGACACGUCAGAUAAAGACGAACAAGAAUAUCCAAAGACAGCUGAAAACUUAUCAUUUACCGACAGCAGUGCUACAGAGAAGACCAGAAAACUUUCGGAAUCCACGAAAGGAUCUUAUCAAGACGUUUUCAUUGGCCAUUGGGAAGGAGAUAAACCUCUUUUAGAAGACGAUGAAUUGUCAGAUGGAGAACAAAAACAAAUAUUAUCAGAAAGACAAAACUUUUCAGAAAUUCCAGUUUCUACCGAUAAAGAGAAACAUUCUGAUGUGUUUGGGGCUGCUCCUUUCAAAAAAUCCUCUUCCAUUACAUCUAAAAGUUCACUUAUUAAUAGUGAAACGGAUGAAAUUGAUGUGUUUGCACAAGCUCCUUUUAGAAAGCCCAAUACAAAAAUUUUAUCAGAAACAAGAAAAUUGCGUUUACAAAAGAAGAAAUCGAAAGAUGAUCCAAAAGAAGAAAUCAAGCCAGAAAAUCCAGACAUAACAAAUAUGGAACAAGCGAGACUACCUCUUACUUAUAAUCAAGUAACUCCUAUCAAUACCGAAAAGCCUCUGUCUUCACCUGUGCAGCAGAUAUCAAAGUGGAAAGAUAAGGAUUUGUUUGGUUCAGCUCCGUUUUCUCAAAUUUCAAAUUCCUUAUCGGGAUCAAAUAAAUCUAUCCAAAAUAGCCCAAAAAUAAGCUACCAGAAUAUUGGAAAAGUUCAAAAGCAUAGUUCUAGUGAAAUUAGAGUUCCCUCGCAGAUUAUAAUUGGAAGCAAACAGAGAUCGGUAGUUACUGUACCUCCAAUUACAACAAACAGAUCGCAGGUAAACGGAAGCCAAGAUUUAUUCGGUGCUAUACCAUUCAAUAACAUGGCAACUCAAUUAGUCGGUACAAACAAUUUCCCGGCGGCAGGAAAAAGCGUAAGAGUUUCGGAAAUUUGUCACACCUCGACCGUCGACAACGGUAACAUCCCUCAAAAUUCAUCUAGUUCCUUCAGUUGUGAUCCCAACGGGAAAAAACUGACAACCCGCGACAAAUCUCACUAUCACGAUUAUAUCGAAGAAGACAGCAUCGCCCACGAUGAAAACGUAAACGUGCUUCCAUCAAAACACUACACUCAAAUCAAAUCAAGUAGAAGAACUAAGCACUCAAAGAAGAAAGAAGCACGAGAUAAGGCUAGUAGUAACAACGCAUUCUCAAACAUGAGUUUCGAAGACAUCGGCAGCGACGAGGACAAGAGCGUUCUCAACCGUUCUUUCACCAGAGACCAAAACUCGGGUAGCAACAAGUCUACUCAUUCGAUUAAAAAGACACUGACAUGAAUACAUUUCUAAUAUUAAACCUUUUCC